AUGGCUUCACAUGGCCGCCGCGAUCAGCUGUCGCACACGGGCGACCGGACCGCGACCGAGGUCGUUGUGGCGCUGAUCAAAAAGCCCGCUGUUGCAACUGGUCUAUCGCUAUGGCUUCUAGGCUUGUACUUUUGCCUGUUUGCAGCCGCACCAGUUACCAUCACCCCAGAAAUGGAACGGAACUUCUUCAACGAGCUUGAUGCAGCCCAGCGUAUCCCGGGCCUAGCCAAAGCUGAAGCAGAUCUCAGCGCCAUUGAAGCUGAGAUGGAUGCCUACAAAGUCUGGUUCUGGCGCUUUCGACCCGAGUAUCGGGCUCGCGUCGAAGCCUUGCAGCCCGAAUACGAUCAAAUUUAUGCCACAUAUUCCGAGCUUGACACUCAGCGACGUCAACAAAUAGCUGAUGCGCAGGGCAAGCUGGGCGUCUGGUCCGAAUUUGCCGUCAUGGAUGUGCGCCAGCGUUUCUGGGACCUGAUGGGCAUGUCCAAGGAUUCAGCCAAACGCAGUACCUUUUACGGGGCUCUUUUUAGCAUUGGGCGUCGUGAUGAGGACUUGGUGUCUUUUUUGCUACGCAUGUUUAUUGACUUUAUCAUUUCGUGGAUCAUGGCUUUGGUGAUGGCCACCAUAUUCUUCGUGGGCGUUGUCAUCGACGUGAUCAUUGCAUAUCAAGCAUCUUUUCUCUCCGCCAUCGCCUUCUUUGCCGUGGCCAUGUUGGGUGCCGCAGCCAUGGUAGCCACGUUCAUCUUUCUGUUGGCCUCACCCGUCAUUGUGCCUCUGACAAUUGCCACGGUCUGGCCGGAACGCCUGCGGGGCUUCACACGCACUGCACCUUCAUAUUUGCAUGAGCCCCGACGGCCGCACCAGGAUUAG